AUAUUGUGAAGAAUCUCGGUUUAGCAUUGCUUUGGAGGCUCAAAUUCAAGUUUCCAAUACGAAUUUGGAUUAAAGUUUCAGUAUAUACAUAGAUAGUGAAAUUGUGGGGUUCAUUUCUUUCUUUGUGUUUCCACUUUUGGAUGCUAUCGUUAUCAGAAAUUUGGAAAGAAAUUGUUAUUGAAUGGAAGAAGAAGGAGCUUGUUUGGAAAGCUCAACAGAGGAAAUUAUGGAGAAUGUAAAUAGUAGAAUGCCUGAAUUGAAGCGAGACCGUGAAUGUGUUGAACCCGAACCACAAUCCGAACCGGAGGCAUCCCCUAACAAAAAACAAGCGAAAGAAGUUUGGAAUGAGGAUAUUCAAUCAGAGGUUUCGAAUCCAAUUGUUUCUCCAAAAGAAAACACGUCUAAUUUUUAUGACAUAAGCAGUAGAAACCAAGUUGGUUGCGGUGAGGUUACGUCUCUGUGUUCUGGGAAUUCGAGCUCAGAGGAGACUCUCAGUGAUAGUUCUGAAACUGGUGAUACCUCUGGUGUUGUGUCGAGUUCCCAUGUUACAUUGGAAAUUCCGAAGCAUCUGAGUUCGUCAGGGAUUAGGAAAAUUACGUUUAAAUUUAGCAAAAGGAAGGAGGAUUAUGAUAAUGAAACGUCAGUUUCAGUUGGUGGGGAAUGCAUGAAUCCGGAAAAUGGUUCAAUUGAAUGGAGUAGUCGAUAUUCUUGUGCUCCCAAUAUGGAAUUGAAAAUGUCUAAGAAGGUUGUUCCUAGUAACUACCCUACAAAUGUUAAGAAGUUGUUAGGUACUGGCAUUCUUGAUGGAGCCCGAGUGAAGUAUAUUUCUAUCUCGAUGGCGAGAGUGCUGGAUGGAAUUGUUCAUGCGGGUGGAUAUUUGUGUGGGUGCUCAUUUUGUAAUUUCUCUAAAGUGCUGAGUGCUCAUGAGUUUGAGCAGCAUGCUGGUGCCAAAACCAGGCAUCCAAAUAAUCACAUAUUCUUGGAAAAUGGGAAGCCAAUAUAUAAUAUUAUUCAAGAACUAAAGAAUGCUCCAGUCAGCAGUCUGGAUGAAGUGAUAAAAGAUGUUGCUGGUUCAUCUAUAAACGAGGAGUCCUUUCAGGAUUGGAAAGCUAGUCUUCAGCGAAGUAACGGAAAGGUUGAAGCAGAGAAGAAAUAUAACAUGAAGUUUUCUAGUUUGCCUAAUUCUCGAAGCUGCAACGGUAAAUCUGUAGGAGAAAGGAUGGGCCCAAUUUCAAGUGCUUUAAUGCAGAAUAACCCUGUUAGACAGCCUAACUUGUGCGUUUCUAGCUCAGUCUUGCAACAAAAGAGAACUGCCGAAGGUGUGACGAAGAAAAGGGAUAAUGAUUUACACCGGCUGCUUUUUAUGCCGCAAGGACUUCCAGAUGGCGCUGAAUUGGCUUACUUUAUCAAAGGACAGAAGUUACUUGAAGGCUACAAGCAGGGAAAUGGUAUAGUCUGCGGCUGUUGUUUGAAAGAGCUUAGCCCUUCACAGUUUGAAGCACAUGCUGGAAUGGCUGCCAGGAGACAACCGUAUCGUCACAUCUAUACAUCUAAUGGAGUGACACUUCAUGAUAUAGCCUUGUCAUUGGCAAAUGGGCAGCGCAUUACAACUGGUUACAGUGAUGAUAUGUGUGCACUAUGUGGAGAUGCUGGAGAUCUGCUUCUUUGUUGUGAAUGCCCUCAGGCUUUUCAUCCAGCUUGUUUGAAUUUACAGCACCUUCCUGAAGGCGACUGGCGUUGUGCAAAUUGUGCAGAUGGACAUGGUCCUGGUAGAAAAGCUGCUUCAGGAGCAAGACCAAUCCUGAUACGAUUGAAACGAGUUGUUAAAGCACCAGAAUUUGAAAUUGGUGGCUGUGCAAUUUGCAGGGCCUUUGACUUUAAUGCCUCUGAGUUCAAUGAUCGAACUGUUAUUCUCUGUGACCAAUGUGAGAAGGAGUUUCAUGUUGGUUGCCUGCGGGAUAGUGGACGAUGCGAUUUGAAAGAAAUUCCCAAGGAUAAAUGGUUCUGUUGUGAUGACUGCAACAUGAUUCAUGAGGUUCUCCAGAGUUCUGUUUCCAAUGGGGUGCAAAUAAUUCCUACUUCGUUCUCAGAUAUAAUCAGAAGGAAGCAUUUAGAAAAAGGAUUAUUUAUUGAUGGAGCCAUAGAUUGUGUUCAAUGGCGAAUAAUGAGUGGAAAAAGCCGUUAUCCUGAACAUCUGCCAUUACUAUCCAGUGCAGCUGCAAUAUUCCGAGAAUGUUUUGAUCCCAUUGUUGCAAAAUCUGGUCGUGAUUUGAUUCCUGUCAUGGUUUAUGGGAGAAAUAUAUCUGGACAGGAGUUUGGCGGAAUGUAUUGUGUGGUUUUGAUUGUAAGGUCUGUUGUUGUAUCAGCUGGUCUUCUUAGGAUAUUUGGUCAGGAGGUUGCUGAGCUCCCUAUAGUGGCUACAAGUAGAGAACAUCAAGGAAAAGGAUAUUUCCAGGCAUUAUUUGCUUGUAUUGAGAGGUUACUAAGUUCCCUGAAUGUGGAAAACCUAGUGCUCCCUGCGGCUGAGGAAGCUUUGUCAAUCUGGACAAAGAAAUUCGGCUUUACAAAGAUGAGUGAGCAGCAAUUGCUCGAGUACCAAAAGCAGCUCCAGUUGACGAUCUUCAAGGGAACGUCCAUGCUCGAGAAAAAGGUGCCUUCAAUGGUGGAAUGACUCUGUUCAUCUUGCCAAUAACCUCUCAUCAGAACAACCUGAGUUGGCAUUAGUUACAUUUGCUUUUCCCUCCUUUUGUAUAAUCGGUGGGAAAAAGUUUCCCUUUAUUUCCAGUUUAAUUUGUUAGUCGUACAAACUAGGACUUUAAAAAGUGAACGAUUUGAUAGGGGACUUGGCGGGAAGAUUGACCGCAAUCAAAUCAAACAAAGGCAUUGCAUGCAGCAUGGCAUGCUGACUUCAUGCGUGCGUGCGGCAAGAAAACUUUCAUAUCUGUUUUUCUUUUAGUAUUUUUUAAAAGCUUUUUUAAUAUGUAAAAAAGAAAAAAAGGAAGAAUAAAUAAUUUUUUAGCUAA